AUGAGCGCACCCCCUCCACCCAUUAUCAAAAUGGAAAUUUCCUCAUCGUCAGAAGGGGAUAGCGACGACUCGUUCCCCUCGCUGCCCGAGAUAGACCCGGGAAGCGAGACCGAAGACGAGUUACUCCGAGACCCCGACGAGAGAAGAACACCUCCUCAGCGGAGGCGAUCUUCGACGGCACACCGGCGAUCACCUCAACCAACCUCGGCCGAGUCCCGGGAUCGAUCACCUCGCUCUCCCCGGCGGGUUCCAUCCGAGACGAGAUAUUCGCCUUCGCGGGACCCCUCCCCCAACGAGCCAAGAUCGAACCCACGUCGCACUCAACCACCACCGCCGCGUUCCCCAGCGCCAAUGGAGAUUCUAGAGGAGUUGUUGGAAGCUCUGGAUCGGCAGGAACCCUUCGGAGUGGACGACAAUCCGGUGUUCGACAACAUCCGCCCGUACGCACCCCUGCUGGCAGCAGGAGAAUUCGUGCGCCCAGGGUUCCUCGACGCUCUAAUCGGCUUGAUACGAGCGCUAACGCACCGCCGCUCCGGGUAUUGCCCGAUUGCGGAGGGGCUCCAGCACCCGCGGUCCAUGGGGUCCUCGGCGACGAUCAAGGCGUUCCCCCCGACUCGAGACGCCUCCUCCCAGACUACCCACUCGGCAGUACGGGAAGUCGCCAGCCAAACCGAACCACCGACCGCUGGCGAUACGAGCAGCCAGACCAACCCGCCGACGGCACGCGACGUGAGCAGCCAAACCUUACCCGUCGACGGGCCGCGAGAUACCUUGGAGCGCCAGCUGUCAACGCCACAAGAACCCGAGGGAGAAGGCACAGCCCCAGCUUCAGAGGCAGGCCGACAAAGAGAGCGACCCCGUGAACAACGCACCUACGGGAGGGGCACAUCCUCGGCGCAACCACCAGCCCCCACGAAACCGCACGGAGGAGAAUACCGGACGGCGAAUCGAUCCGCAGGACCCAGGGCCCCCAGAGGUAGGGGAGUGGCCCCGAACAACCCCGCCCCACCCGCUACCACGGCGACCACGAAAGCUCCAGAGGUCCCGCCGAAACCAUCAGGGCGGCAAGAGUCCACUUCUCGAUAUGGCCGGUGCUUCAACUGCGGGAGCGCCUCUCACCGACGACAAACCUGCACCCAGCCGCCACGCCAGUUUUGUUUCCGAUGCGGGGAGCUGGAUGUCACGGUUCGGACCUGCCCGAAGCACGGCUCCGCUUACGAAAAGGAAGAACCCUGGAACUGGAACCGCCGAUAA